GAAUUAGAGGAUGAUAUGUAUAAACCCUUAAUCAACUUGGGACACACCCUACAAAAACCGUAGGACGCACAUUAUGGUCGUGUUCCUUUCUUUAUGCUGUUGUUGAAAACAUAGACCGCUGGCGAUCAGUCAGUCUCACUGUACCGACCUUAUUCAGAGCGAGAGGGAAGGAGAGGGGGAAGCAAGAGCUGUCUAGAGUUUCAAGAGAUGAUGGAGAUAAAGGACGAGUUCAACGAUAUUCGUUUGAAACAGUUCAUGGAACUUCUGGAAGUCAAUCCAAAUGACGCCUCUAGUCAAUUUGAUCUAGGAGAAUACUUGUGGGGCAAAGGAGGAGAGUUUAAGGAAAAAGCGGCUGAGCAUUUCGUGUUAACGGUGAAGUUAAACCCUCAAAACGCAGUGGCUUUCAGAUACUUAGGGCACUAUUACAGAACUGUUUCAAUUGAUUACCAGAGAGCUCUCAAGUGCUACCAGAGAGCUGUCACCCUCGUCCCUGAUGACUCAGAUUCUGGGGAAGCUCUCUGUAAUCUACUGGACCAAGGUGGUAAGGAGACUUUGGUAAUGGCAGUGUGUCGUGAAGCUUGUGAUAAGUCUCCCAGGGCCUUUUGGGCUUUUAGGAGAUUGGGCUACUCGCUGGUACGUCAAAACAAAUGGUCUGAAGCUGUGCAGAGUCUUCAACAUGCCAUUCGAGGCUAUCCCACCUCUGCUGAAUCAUGGGAAGCUUUGGGUCUUGCCUACCAGCGACUUGGCAUGUUUACAGCAGCUUCGAAGUCGUAUGGUCGAGCUAUUGAGUUGGAAGACACCAGAAUCUUUUCUCUUGUUGAAAGUGGAAAUAUCUUUUUGAUGCUUGGCUUCUUUAGAAAGGGAGUUGAACAGUUUGUGCAAGCUCUGAAGAUCUCACCUGAAAACGUGGAUGCGCACUAUGGCCUUGCUUCUGGCUUUCUGUUUUUGUCAAAGGAAUGCAUAAAUUCUGGUGCAUUCAGGUGGGGGGCAUCAGUGCUAGAGGAUGCACGUAAAGUUGCAAAUCAAAUCAUUCAUAGAGCUGGAAAUAUGUCUUGUGCUUGGAAGCUGCAUGGUGAUAUUCAACUUGCAUAUGCAAAAGCUUUUCCAUGGACAAAAGAGGGACAGAACACAGAAUCUGAUGUGAAAAGUUUUACUGCUUCCAUAUUUUCCUGGAAACAAACAUGCCACUUCGCUGCUAUAUCUGCCAGAACUUCCUAUCAGCGAGCACUGCACCUGGCCCCAUGGCAAGCUAAUAUUUAUGCUGACAUCGCAAUGGCUUCAGAUUUUGUUUCCUCUUUUAAAGAGAGUCAUGGACAAGAACUAAAGCCAUGGCAGCUACCAGAGAAGAUGGCUUUGGGGUCCUUGUUGCUUGAGGGUGACAAUUGUGAAUUUUGGGUUGCAUUGGCUUGCUUAUCUAGCGACUGUGCACUAAGGCAGCAUGCUUUAAUCAGGGGACUGCAAUUGGAUGUGUCUUUAUCUAUUGCGUGGGCAUACCUAGGGCUGCUUUAUAGAGAAGAAGGUGAGAAGAAAUUGGCAAGACAAGCAUUUGAUUAUGCUAGAAGUAUUGAUCCGUCGCUUGCAUUACCAUGGGCUGGUAUGUCUGCUGAUAGUAACGCCAGGGAGUCCACUCCAGAUGAGGCUUUUGAGAGCUGCUUACAAGCCGUGCAGAUACUGCCUCUUGCAGAGUUCCAAAUUGGUCUUGCUAAGCUUGCUUUUCUAUCAGGGCACCUUUCAUCUCCACAGGUAUAUGGAGCCGUGCAGCAGGCAGUGCAGCGUGCUCCUCAACAUCCUGAGUCCCAUAAUUUGAAUGGCCUUGUUUGCGAAGCAAGAUUUGAGUAUCAGGCUGCAAUUGCUUCUUACAGGCUAGCACGCUGUGCAAUCACCCAUAGUCCUGGCACUUCCUCAAAAUCUUAUCUUCGAGAUAUAGCAGCCAACCUUGCCAGAGCUCUUUGUCACGCAGGCAAUUCCUUUGAGGCUGUGCAAGAAUGCGAAGAACUGAAGAAACAAGGUAUGCUUGACAUGGGAGGUUUGCAAGUAUAUGCUUUCUCUUUAUGGAAACAGGGUAAUCAUGACCUCGCCCUCUCCGUGUUGCGAGACCUGGCAGCGAGUGUUUCUACAUUGGAACGGGCCUCUGUAGCUUCCUCUGUUAGUUUCAUCUGUAGAUUGCUGUACAGAAUUUCUGGAAAAGAUUCAGCAAUUACUAGCAUUCUGAAAAUGCCAAUGGAUUUGUUUCUUAAUUCUAAAAUGAGCUUUAUAGUGUCUGCUAUCCAUGCUCUUGAUCAAAAUAAUCGGCUUGAGUCAGUUGUUUCAAGCAGUCGAAAGUUUCUUAAAUCUCAGACAGAGAUUACUGAAAUGCACUAUUUAAUUGCUCUUGGUAAACUAAUCAAGCCUGGAUCAGAACAUUUCCUUGGAUUUAAUGGUGGAGUGAGUCACCUUCGAAAAGUACUUCACAUGUACCCUAACAGUAAUCUUAUAAGGAACCUACUUGGUUAUCUUUUGCUAUCUCGUGAAGAGUGGAAAGAUGCACAUGUUGCAAAUAGGUGCUGCCACAUUGAUGCUCAUGGCUCUUCAAAUAAGGAAGGUCUAAAAUCAGCAUGUGAAAUCAUGGGUGCGGGGGCGGUUGCUUGCUAUGUGAAUGGCAACAGUAAUCUGAGGUUAUCUUUCCCAACGUGCAGUUGUCAGUGCCUGAAUGGACCUGGAGCUGUCCAAGAGCUGCAGAAGUACUUACAUAGAGAACCAUGGAAUCACAAUGCCCGGUAUUUGCUUAUUCUUAAUCUCUUACAGAAGGCACGUGAAGAGAGAUUUCCUAGACAUAUUUGUGUCGUACUUGAACGGUUAAUUGUUGUGGCUCUUUCCAAUGAGUUUUAUUCAGGAAAAGAAAUGUAUCAUCAAUAUCAAAAGUUUCAGCUCCUGCUCUGUGCUUCCGAAAUUAGCUUGCAGAUCGGGAAUCAAGCUGAUAGUAUCAACCAUGCUAAACAGGCUUCAGGGCUUUUAGUUCCUGACAGCUACCAUUUUUUUGUUCACUUGCUUUUAUGCCGUGCCUAUGCUGCCGAAGGCAAUCGCAUAAAACUUCAGGAAGAGUAUAUGAAAUGCUUGGAGGUUAAGACAGAUUAUCACAUAGGUUGGGUCUGCCUUAAAAUUGUGGAAUCUCAGUAUGAGGUGCAAACUGAUGCAAAUAUCUUAGAGUUGAGCUUCAAAGAAUGCUCGAAAUUGAGGAUCAGAUCAUGGGAUAUGUGGAUGGGUGUGUUUAAUUUGGUGCUGGGUCUGAUGUCCAUGCGGAACCAGGAUUUUCUUACUGCUGAGCAGCUUCUUGCCCAAGCUUGUUCACUUGUCGGCUAUGAAAGCUGCCAUUGUCUAUGUCAUGGUGCCAUCUGUAUGGAACUUGCUAGGCAGUUUAGUAGUAUGAGAUUCUUAUCACUUGCUCUUGGGAGUCUUACCAAAGCUCAAGAGAAUUCUCCGAUUCCCUUGCCAGUUGUCUCUGUGUUGCUGGCCCAAGUAGUAGGGAGCCUUGGUUUGAAAGCAAAGUGGGAGAAAAACCUUCAUCUGGAAUGGUUUUCUUGGGCACCAGAAAUGAGACCAGCAGAAGUUUAUUUUCUAAUGCAUUUGCUUGCAAAAGAAUCGAAGGGAAAGGCUGACCAUCCAUCGAAUGUGGAGUCCUGUCAGAGUCCAGAGAAAUGGGUGAUUCGGGCCAUCCAUACAAACCCUUCGUGUAUCAGAUAUUGGAAGGCUUUGCAGAAGCUUCUGGAGGAGUAAAUAGGGAAUUUGGAGAAGCCAUAAAAUUUUAAGAUCCUGCUUCAGUUGGCAGGUCGAACUUCAUCUCUCAUUAUAAAACUGAGGGAGCUGUAUUCAGGAGGCUGGUAUACAGGACAGCCCGACAAAAACACCAUCAACACAGCACAAAUCGGUUCUUUUUCUUUUUUCUUCUAGAUAUAUGUAAUUAACAUAUAGUCAUUGUGGCUUUCACCAAACUACAUAUGUAUCUGAGCUGUGGUUAUCACUUGUAUUCAUGACCAAAAGAGCAGGAAUAUAUAACUUCUUGUUGAUGCUGAUUAGAUGAUGAAUUAGAAGUUGGAA